CACAGAGAGGAACUGUGGUUCAUAUGAAAGUUUCUCCUGCUCAGAAAUCAUCCACCCUUGUUGGCUCUCUCUUUCUUGGCAUCUUCUCCCUGAUGAUCCAUCUGUCACCCACCUGCAGCUGAUCGUGUACCCACAUUGCAGCCACAACAUGAGCCGACGGAGACUAAGUUUCAAGUGGUUCGGCAGCCUCACCAACCUCUCUUUUCGCCGCUCCACUGAAAAAUCAGACUCCAAGUCCUCCAAGUCAGGAUCAAGCGCUGGGAAUGAACCUGGAGAUGGCGGUGAAUGUGGUUCUGUAACCACGGUGAACAUGGCUCCAGUUGCUGAGACAACAAUGGAUGACAUGGACGCCAUACGCCCUCGGACUGCCAGCUACGUUCGCUCUAGUGAGAACUAUACUCACGUGGGCACGCUACCACGGCUACUGAUGAAGAGGAAGGACAAGAAUAGUAAAGGAGGCCCCAGCAGCGUCAAGAAGAGUAAAGACAAAAGCGGCAUCAGCAGAAGUCAAAGCCAGCGACCUGCUGGUGACAAAGACCGCGGGCCCCCAAAGCUUGCAGCUGGUUCAUCCAAGGUGGCUGGAGAUGAGGCUGUGGUUAAAGCAGAUGCUGGGCUCAAACAAGACUCUGUAACCGAACCCAAGACCCAGCAGGAACCUGCAAGCGAUAUCAUAAGCACUGAAAACACCACCUCAGGACCCACACCUGCCUGUGAAGAUGUGUCGCCAUCUGGUGGCUCAAGCACUGAUAAGCAGGGCAUCACCCAGGCAGGUGCAGAUUUGACAACAGAUGACCAACCUGAACCCUUGAAAGAAGUGUCAUCCCCGCCACUCAGCCAGGAGAACAGUCAGACCCCGCAUGAAGGAGAAGACAAAGGAAACCAAAACUCUGACAGCAUUUCCAGCCACAUGGAGCCAGCAGACACCCAGGCAGAAUAUGUUCAGUUCUCCAAGGAGAAGUACCUGCUGGAGUCUCCCCCCGAGAAACUUCGUAAGGAGCUGGAGGAGGAGCUGAAACUGAGCUGUGCUGACAUCAGGAGCCAUGGCUGGUACCAUGGACACAUACCCAGAGAGGUGUCAGAGACUCUGGUUGUGCGUAAUGGAGAUUUCCUGGUGCGGGACUCUCUGACCAGCGUGGGCGACUACGUGCUGACCUGUCGAUGGGAUAAUGAGGUGCUACACUUCAAGAUCAGCAAAGUCCUGGUCAAAUCCAACGAGACCAAGGUGCAGUACGUGUUGGAGUCCGACAGUUUCGACUCGGUGCAGGAGCUCGUGCGGUACUACGUGGGCCAGCGCAAACCUGUCUCCCAAUCCAGCGGUGUCCACAUCUACUGUCCAGUCAGCAGGACUCUCCCCCUGCGCUACCUGGAGGCCACAUUCGCCCUGUCCAACAGCAAGCAAGGCUCCGCCUACUCACCGUCCAAUCAGAGGGGGGCAUACAUCAAGAGAAGGAGCGUCACCAUGACUGACGGGCUAACGACAGAGAAGAUGAUACCUCACAGUGACUCAGACAGCCCCAGUCCAGUUGAGACACCGGUGGCAGCACCAGAACCAGAGCCGGAACCUGUGCCCAAAUGCAGCCCGUCGACCAUCCACCACCAUAAAGAUGCAAUGCGGAACUGUGCGAUGAGCAUGGACCAGAUUCAGGAGUAUCGCUGCCCCUUGUCACCUGUUGGGGAAACCCCGCUGUCUCCUGCAUAUAGCGCCAUCACCAGGCAGAGAGCGCACUCAGGUGGGCGGGUCCUGGCUGUUGUCCCACCCUCGCCUGUGAUGCGUCGUUCCAGCGACCCUCAGCUCAGCCCCUCAGCCAGUAACAACCCUCCGGAGCAUCCCGCGCAUACCUCUCAUUCAGCACACUCCUCACCCGCCCAUCAUCCCAGCUACCAAUCGCAUUCCUCAGAAACAGCAGGGAGCUACUGUGACCUCAGACCUUGCCCCGCCGGGCCCCCUAAACCCCCGACUAAAAGCUACGUGGAACGAUUGCGAGUGGAAGAGGGGAGGGUGGAGGGAGCGAGAGAGGAAGGAGAGGGGAUGUUCAGCGCCCCACAGGUGGAGACAUCAUCCUCCUUCAAGCCAUCCAGGUACGAGUCUUGCCUUAUGCCAGCUGAGAAUAAGCCUCUGGAGAUGUCCGUGCUGAAGAGAGUCAAAGAGCUGUUGGCCGAGGUGGAUGCAAGGACUGCAGCUAAACACAUCACCAUGGUGGACUGCACGGUUGCUAGAAUAUUAGGCGUAACCACAGAGAUGCAAAGGAUGAUGGGAGUGUCCUCAGGGUUGGAGUUGCUGACACUACCACAUGGACACCAGCUGAGACUUGACCUACUGGAGAGGUUCUACACCAUGUCUAUCAUGAUGGCGGUGGACCUGCUUGGCUGCACAGGAAGCACCGAGGAGAGGGCAGCCCUGCUCCAUAAGACCAUCCAAUUAGCAGCGGAGUUGAAAAGCAACUUGGGCAACAUGUUUGGCUUUGCUGCUGUGAUGAGAGCCCUGGAGCUGCCGCAGAUUUCCCGCCUGGAGCAGACGUGGAUAACAUUACGCCAGAGACAUACAGAGGGCGCUAUUCUGUACGAGAAGAAACUCAAACCUUUCAUGAAGAAUAUGAACGAUGGAAAAGAGUCUAGCGUCCUGUCCAACACCUCCUUCCCCCACAUCAUUCCUGUGCUGUCCUUACUGGAGCGAGGCGUGACUCUUGGGGAGGUGCUGGAGCCCUGGGAGAGUGCGGAGAUGGGAGUGGACGUGGUCAUGUACCACCUAGAGGGAGCUCGUUCCAUCGCACAUCACGGGGGAAUCUACAGAACCAACGUUGAGACCAAACUGCAGGGAUUCCAGGAGCGAGCAGAAAUACGCGACAUCUUCCAGACGGAGUUUCAGAUGCGUCUACUGUGGGGCAGCCGCGGCUCCGAGGGCAGCCAAUCGGAGCGUUACGAGAAGUUCGACAAGGUCCUCACCGCCCUAUCGCACAAGCUCGAGCCUCCCGUGCGCCACAGCGAGCUAUAGCACCUGCCCCGACACCGACCAUCGCCAAAACACCUCCAUCUGCACUCACCACUCAUAGUGGUACGGUCUUGUUUUGCAUCGCGGCGGAUGACGUGGAAGAGUCGGCGAGGAGGGCGAGAGUGAUUGAAGAGGCAGCUAAAAGAGCGUUUGCAGUGAGCAAUAGGAAUUACGAGGAAGCGAGGGUCUCACUUAGAACAAUUGUUGCACUCACUGUGGACUCCAAAUAAGGCACAGCGUUCCUUCUGUUCCUCCCUGUGGACUUCCUCACUUAGCGCUAAAAUAUUUAAAUGGCAACAGAGAGAAGACAAGCUAAGUGGAAAAGAGGCUGGGGAGAGAUGGGUGACCAGCUCCUCCGCUUGGUACAAACAGUAACGUGUGUACGGUGUGCCCCGAGGGCCAAACAGAGCUGCAGAGUUUGGCUUUGCUCCAAUAAAAUUACAGACACUCUUUUGUUUCGAAACAACUGCUGUCACACACUGUAGCAGAAAUGACAACAAUAACUUACUUAGCUCAUAUAUAGAUGUUUUGUCUGUAUGAGUGAGUGAGUGUGUGUGUGUGUAUGCGUGUAAAUGUAUGUUUACAUUCCUUCAUUUUUGUAUGUCAUUAAUGUUUUAUGUGUUUUUUUUUUUUUGUCUUAUUUAUUUGUCAUGAUCAAAAGAUAUCAAAACAUUAUGGACCUUGCUUCACCAAACUCACAAGAAUCUGUCAGUGCUCAUUCUGAGGGGACCGUGUUCAUAAAACCUCAUUAAAUAUGUAUCAAGCAGUCCCAUUGAAUCCCAUUAAAAAUGUAUCAGGCAUGCAUUAAUAAAUGUAUCAGAAAUGAAACAUUUGCCGAAGUAAUGCAGCAACUUCAAUAUGAGGGCUUUGUGAGUUGUUAAAAACGUGAAGCAACCCUCUGUCGUAGCUGUGUUCGACUAAUGCGUUUGAUAUCGUGUGUCUUGUGCACAAAAUGUCGCAAAAAACAGUGUUACGUGAAUCUAAGGAAAAUGCAAUGUAUUUUCUUUAAAUCCGAUUAAAGCAAUGUUUCACUUAAGUAUGUAGACGUUUAUGAACAUGCUUUGGUAUGACUCUUAGCUUCAGCAAACUGAAAUGUUUUCUCUGCAAAAGGAACACAAGAAUCAAAGAUGCAAACAUUUGGUGAUGUUGAUGCAUGAUGUUUGGAUGUCAAUCCUGAACUCAAGAGACUAUCCUGGUAAAACUAAAAUAAAAACAAUCAAAAUGGUUGAUUUAUGUAACAAAAAAUGUGAAAUAUUGCUUUAAAACUACUAAUUUGAAUAUUAAGAUGUGUCAAAUUUGAGAAAGACACAGAUGUGAAGCGAUGAUCUUUCAUUUCUGUUGAUAAUCUCGGGUGAUUAAAGAAAUCUGUCAUCUUUCAUGUUGUUUUCAGUUUGGAAAUCUGAAUGAAAAAAAAAAGAAUCUCCCAAACUGAAUCUAAGAACAUGUAGACCACAACUCUGCAACAAAGGAUGUCUUUUGAUUCUAUGUUUUGAAUUUAUGUUUCGGCAAUAGAGAGAAAAUGAUUGUAAUCUUUUUUUUUUGCUGCCUUUGGGAUUAUGUAUUGGUUGUCUGUUCAGUGUUAAAUCAUUGCUGGAUUUACAGGAUGUGGGCCUGAGAGGGCUGGAGCCAACUCUCAGAGCUAUGCAAUCAUUUCAACCAAGGGCUGACACCCCUGAGGAACCCAUUCAGAAUAUUUUACAAAAACCUUCAGUCAGUUUUCUGCAUCAACUUCUUUUUAAAAAAAAGCCUAUUCUUUGUUCUUCCUAAUCCUCUUUUAUCCAAACUGAUAAUCUAUAUAUGAAUGAAAGUCAUAUCAGAUAUCAAUCAAACAGAAAUAAUUCUAAAAGAUAUCCUUCUACCCUAGAGUCGCAUAUCAGAGAUCCUUAAAUUAAUGCUUGUGUCUUACCGUCCCGCUUUCAAGUCUGAACCAUAUUUGGGAUCAGCUGUACAGAUCAGAAUUCAUCAAGUGGAGAGCCAUGUGCCAGUUCCCACUGUGAUCCAACAGGGGGCGAUCUUUAUUCAGCAAAAAAAAAAAAGAAAGAAAGAAAGAAAAGAACAAAAGAAACAGAAUCAUUAAUUGUAAUACAAUAUAACAGCUUCCUGUUAUACAUGUGUGUUUUGAGACCAAGAGGAUGCCUACUGGUUUAGGUUUGUUAUCUGAUAACAAUGAUGGUGAAAAAGUGAUGAUGAUGAUGAUGUAAUAUGUUUUUCUUAGUUCUCUUUUGAAUGCUGUACAGGAAUGCUCUUGACAGUGUGUGGAUUCUCCUGUUGUGUAUAACAGGACUGUAUGAGAUGACCUUGAAAAGCAAAAAGACGUGAUUUAGGACCGAUCUCAUGUUUUUUUACGUACUGUACAUAGCAAUUCACUUUUUUCAAAUAAAAUGAUUGCUUGUGUCAA